UGCCUUCUCUCUCAAAUAAAUUAAAAGAAAAAAAAAACUUAAAAAAAAAAACCAAAAUAAUUGUGUAACUUAAGUAUAAAUAAAAUUACAAAGAUAAUUAAAAUCAACAACAUGAAUUUAUGUAAAAGGAUCAUGUUUUGGGGAAAGAGUCACCAGUGACAAAUGGAGGUGCUGCUCACUGUCAUGGUGCAGGUUCUUUCCGUGUUUCUUGGACGUUUCCUUACCGCUGUGUACCCUCUGACAACCUCAUUCUCCCUACAGAUACUGUCUUCGACCCAGUAAGAAAGCCUCUGUUCUUAACAGUGUUUUGGGAGGAGGGGAGAAAGGGUAACCAUACCUAAUAGGCUCCCCUCUCCACGAUCAAAUUAAAGUAGUGGUACUUGGUGGUAUCAUAAUCAUAAGAAAAUAUAAUUAUGGGCCCUCAAAUUGCAUGGCAGUUAUAAUAUGACCCCAGAAUAUGCUUACAUCAAUUAUUUUAUCGUCAGAGUGGAUUCACAGAAAUAAUUACAGGGAACUGAUGGACUCCAGUAUGAGAAAUGCAGAACUAGAGGAUUCAUUGUUCAUCCAGAACAGGGAUUUUGUAAACAAGGAAGCCAUCAGUGGCUUUGGUAGAGAGUCAUUGGCCAAAGCAUUUUAAAACGUCAAGAAUCUAGGACCCAGAGGUCAAUACAUUUUUGUUAAUCAGUGAUCUUAGAGAUCCUUGAUAGUAGACAUCAUUGUUAACAAACUAUACCGAGUAUGUCAUUUGUAAGAUAAAGUAAUAUGAACUUGAUGAAGACAUGAAGGGGUUCAGCUGAGAAAUGUGCUUUUCGGCCACGGUAGCCAGUAAAGUUUGUGCUUACUUCACUUGUGCCCUGUGGUACGGCCUCUAAAUACUGAUGAUCUCAGAAAUUCAAGCCAGUUUUUUUUUUUUAAUUACUUAUAUUCAACUCUGCAGUACAGUGAGUCAUUACUGAUACAGAACAAGACAGUGAACAAGAAAAUUAUAUCUUGGUUUGUUUGUGUAGAAUUCGCAGAUCUCCAUUUCCCAGGGUGAAGGGAGAUUUUGAAAUGUUGAUGAGGAGACUCCCCGUCAAUAAUAGCGAACAUCCACUGAGCAGUUACCACGUUCAAGGCACUGUGCUGAACUCUUUACAUGGAUUAACUAACUUCAUCCUCAAAACAACUUGUAUGAGGUCGCUAUUAUUAUACUGCUCAUUUUAUAGAUGAAGAAAAGGAAGCACGGGGAGGUUGUAUAACUGAGCAGAGUCCCAUGGCUAGUAAGUAGCAAAGCCGGGGUUUGAACGCGGCGGGGUAACUGCAUAGCCGGAGCCGAAUGCUGUCGUGGCACUCGUCUUCAUGUAAGGCAUGCACAGGUCAGAUUUGGAGACUGGUUCUGGAGACACUGAAUUGGCAGUGACCACUGACCAGAGGGCACGGCAGCAAGUGCCUCUGUGUCGUUUAUUCCUGUGCCUUACCUGCAGCAGUCUAGGCGGAAGGAUGAAGGGAGGCGACGGGAGAUAUUUGUCCACUCUAGAAAGUGACUCUGGCAGGGUUCUCAGUGACUACAUUGUAAAACUAAGCGUUGUGCUCACUGGAGGGUAUUCAUAAGUUGUGAAUGAACCCCUUUGGCCUAGAUAACUUAAGAUCCAUUGCAACCUGGAGAUGAGGAAUUUCAUAAACAUAAGGGGAUAAAUAUUACCACUCAUCAGAGUCUUAAUCUAGGUUUAGCCCCAUUGAUUAUACUUCUCCUAAUUUAUUGACAGAAAUCAGUGGGGAAAUAAGUAUCUUGAAGGAUCAAAUUCCAAUCAGUAUUCUCAGUUACAUUUAUAUCUGAGAGUUGACACAACAGUGGCUUAGAAUAAUUCUACAAGUGGAACUCAUACGUAGGACCACAGAAUCCUUCAGGGACAUAGUUUCAGAGUUGGAGGAUAUUUAAAGGAUAAAUCAACCCACAAAUCUGUAGUUGUUCCUAAAAUUAAAGUGAUGUGUCAUUAUUGGCAUCAGUACAUGCUGAACCCUUCUGGACUGUGGAGAAAGGAGAAACUGACCUGAACAAGACAACACUCCACACAGCUGUUCCCAGCCUUCCUCCUCCUGUUAGCACUCUGUUAAUUUCAUGGGUUGAAUCAAAGCAUGCAAGUGCAUCAAAUAAUUUUAAAAAACAACUGCUGAUUGCUGGUGGUCAGUGGGGAAAGAAAAAUUAGGAGCUGUCAUUUUCCAACGAACUGCUGCUCUCAUUAACAAGGACAAGAAACAUGAAUAAAUAACAUUCUUACAUCACACUAUAAAAAAGAGCAGCUGAGCCCCCCCAAAGGAUUUUUUAUCCUAUUAUCAGUGAAAGAAAAUAAUUUCAUAUAAAUGGUCAGUGUCAUAAGUAGAAAGUAAGUCCCCACUUCUUUAAAAGAGCAACUAGAAAUAUUUUCUCUUUGAAAAUAAGUAACCAUUUGAUAAACCAUAUAUAACAUUGAGGAUGUUUUUCACAUUAAAGAGAAUUUCCAUAGUAGCUCCCUUGUAAUGUUUUAUAGCUAAAGUUACGAAGUAAAUCAAGGUAUGGGAAAACUGUGGUCAUGUUUCAAGAUUUGAUUUUCCUUUCCUAUUUGAUUACCGUAUCUAAAUUCCCAUAACUUGAAAGUAAAUUUGCAUGUAUAAAAAUGUAUGUAUAUCCAAGUCAUCUCUUAGGAGAAGUUUAAUGUAAGUAUAGGUAGAAAUUCUUUCCCUAACCAAAAAAAAAAAAAAAAAAAAAAAAAAAAUUUAACAUCAAAAUCUGCCUUUUCUCAUCUCUCCACAUCCAAAACUAUCACCGUGUACUGUAAUUAUACUUCCUAAAACUCUCUAGAGUCUUCUUUCCAGCCCCAUUGCCAUUACUCUGAAUGAGGUAUGCUUUAUCAUUUGGGUUCAAUCAGCAGGAUCUCGUCCUUUAUUCCCUCCGUCAUACCCACCUCACCGCUGAAGUCAUCCAUCUGUGUGUAUGUGUGUAUGUUUUCCCCCCUGCCUGAAUCCCUUCAUUAGCUUUUAUUAAAACCAACUUCCUUAUCGUGGCAAACAGGGCCCUGCUUCCAUGAGCUGGUCCUUGCUUACUUUUCCUGCCUCAGUUGCUGCCACUUUCCCUGAUACCUUAAGAUCCAGCUUACCAGAAAUUCCCCAGUAACCCCCCCACUCCUCAUACAGCCACAGUACCUACAUACCUUUAUCCAAACAUGUGUCUUUAAAAACAUAAUUCCCUCCACCAUAUCCUGCUUUGUCACUUUCCAAGACGCACAGUGAUCUAAACACAGAAAUUUCAGCCCCUAAUUGGGGCCAAACACAGUUGACUUGAAUACAACUUAAAUUGCUAGUUUGUCAGUAUAGGUCUCUUACUGUGAUACAUGUGUACUUGAAGCCGUGAUGCAUUCCCCAGUUCCUGCCUCAAAACUAAAGAAUUUAGGGGUGCCUGGGUGGCUCAGUAGGCUAGGCUUCUGCCUCAUUCAGCUCAGGGCAUGAUCUCCAGGUCCUGGAAUCAAGCUCCACGUUGGGCUCCCAGCUCAUCAGAGAGUCUGCCUCUCUCUUUCCCUCUGCCUCUCCCCCAGCUUGUGCUCUGUCUCUCUCAAAUGAAUAAAUAAAAUCUUUAAAAAAAAAAUUAAAGAAUUUAUUUUUCAACUGCUGGAAGUCCUGCCAAACAGCCCUCUUCAGGAAUUGCCUUGUCCCCAGCUCGGGACAACUGUGAAGGCGCUUUCCUGGUUUCCCAUGGGGUCAGCUGAGGCUCUGAGAUUGCAUCAGUGCCUAACUUCUCCCUCUGUUCUCUUCCUUCUCACAGGACCUUUCUUGAGAACACUCCCUGAUAAACCUCCUAUAAGCAAUCUCUGUCUGCUUGCUGGGGAGACCAACCUGUAACAUCUUUGUCUUGUUGAUACUUUCUUUUUUGUUCUAGAUCUUGUGAAAUUAUGGUUUGCUAAAAUCUUAUGAAUUCAGGGUCAUUUCAUCAGACAUGUAUUGAGCACCUGCUCCAUGCCGGGCCUUGUGCCACUUGCGAUGGCAACAAAUUAAGACCUGACCUAUGUCCUAAAGAAGUUCAUAGUCCAACUGAGGUGACAGUUACAUUCAGAACUAUACUGUAGCAUCUUUAGAAUAACCCUUUUUUGAACUAAACUUCAACAAUUUAAGUAUAAAAUCAAAGGCAUGCCCUGUGGUGUUGCAGAGAGCAAAAGGAAAGUAUCUCAGGGAAAUGAAAAUAAAUGGAGUGAAAUUUUAGAAGGUUGUAGAAUUUGUCUUUAUGAUUCCAGAAUUCUUUAGGGAAAAGGUAGUUUUUUUCACUUUUUAUUUUGAAAUGAGUUCAAGCUUCAGAAAAGUUAAAACUAAUACUGAACUCCCAUACACCUUUAUACAGAUUCAUGAAUUUUUUACAUUUCUCCACAUGCUUUAACAUUCUUUAUACACAAAUACUUGCACACUGUUUUGCGAACCAUCUAAGAAUAGGUUAAAUAUGUCACGUCAUUUUAUCCCUUAAUACUGUACUGUGUAUUUAAAAAAGGAUAUUCACUUCUGUAACUACAAUAUAGUUAUCAAAUUCAGGAUAUUUGAUACUUUAAUCUUCCAGUCCAGAUUCAAAUUGUUAAUUAUCCCAAAGAAGAUGAGAUUUAAGAAGAAUCCUGGAAUUUACCAUUUGUAACUCAGACUAAAAAUUGUAUGAAGUAAGCCAUAGAAGAGCUCAGAACUUUACUGACUUGAUUAAAAUACCAUAGUGAAGGGGGAACUUCUGACUCUGUAAGGUUUGGAAAGCAUGGAUACGCCCAAGUUACCAGUAAAGGUGUGACUUCUGGCUCUCCAGAAGUGAGCCUUACUCUGGAGAGCUCAUUUCUCGAGGUGCCUUUCAAAAGAGACUGUGUGUCCGGCUCCAGGGAUUGUGGAUUUCCUUGAGCUCCUUUGUAAAGUACAUCGACUUCUUGUUGCUAGGUCUUCACGGUGCUUAAGUUUAACGAGGUUCUUUGGAGCCAUCAGUCCUGCUCAGGCUUCUGGCCGAGAGGCCGGGAGGUGGUGUAGGCGGCCAGGUGCAGCUCGGGCGAGCUGGAUCCACAGAGACACCUCUCCCCACCCCGACACGUGCAGGAAGCAGGGCUGCCUGGCAGGGGCGUCGCUGGGUGGGCAGGUUCCUCGUGCAGCUCCCUUCUCCCCGCACGGGCCGCCGGGACUCUGGGACGUCAUUUCCGGUGUGGCUGGGCGUGGUCUGUUGGGAGUUGGCGGUGGCGGCGGAAGCCCAAGUCUACGGCGGUGGGGGAAACCCUGGGUGUUGUCCGCGCCAACGCUCGUCGCCCUUGGACGUCAUGGCUUCCCCGCUGAAGCUGGAGCAGGACGUGCAGGGGAAGGUGGAUUCAUUUCGGGCCCGCAUCGCGCAGGAGGCCGAGGAUCUGGUGUCCACCUUCUUCCCUCAGAAGCUGUCGGAGCUGGAUAGUUGGGUCCAGGAGCUCCGCCUGCAGGACCUGUCCAGAAUCCGUUCGGUGCCGGCCCUCGAGCCUCCCGCCGUGCCCGACACCGCGGGAGACCGGCCCAACCGGGACCCGCCGCCUCUGCAGGCCCAGCCCUCCGUCAAAGUGCCGGCACUGCCAGGGGGCGAGGGACAGCUGCUGCGGAGCAACCAGCAUCUGGUGGAGCUGAUUGAGUGGGUAAAACCUGAGAUCGAGCUGCUGAGAGAGAAAUGCAACACUGUGCGGAUGUGGGUGCAGCUGCUCAUCCCGAAGGUGGAGGACGGCAACAACUUCGGAGUGUCUAUCCAGGAGGACACCGCGGACCAGCUGUGGACAGUGGAGAGCACCGCAGCCUCCUACCUGCGCCGCUUCUCCACCUACUACAACACCAGGGCCAAGUUGGUGUCCAAGAUAGUGAAGUACCCCCAGGUGGAAGAUUAUCGCCGCACUGUAGCCGAGGUCGACGAGAACGAGUAUCUGAGUGUGCGCCAGAUCCUGCUGCAUGUGCGGAACCAGUAUGCCACCUUGCACGACGUGAUCCUCAAAAACAUCGAGAAGAUCAAAACCCCUCGGAGUACCAACACUGACAACCUCAACUGAGGACCUUUCUCCACCCCUCUUUCCUUCUGGAGGUGGCCGAACUGUGUAGGCAGCCAAAAGCGGUUAUUAAUGACUCUGCAGUUGAUGGAGCGACUGGAAAUGCGCGUUAUGUUUAGUGACACUUUCAUACAGCUUUAGCCUCACACUGGAUACUUUCGGUGUAGUUACUUGCUUUUUCUUUCGCUCAGAGGUUGGGGACGGACCCCUAGGUGGUAGGGUUGGCCAAGGAGAAGGACGGCUAUUUUUAAAAGUAGUUUUGUAGAUGAAUGUUGGCCAAGGUUUCUUUUUUAUGGCAUUGGUGACAUUGAAUGGUUUCAGGGAUUACUCAAAGAAAAACCUAAAGUUUAAAAGAAAAUUAAAUGAUACCUUUCCUAAGAUUCUGUUAUAUGUUACUUUGUUCAAACCUCAGAAAUCCUCCUUUUACCACCAUCAUUUGUUUCUUUCAAGGAAAGGAGUUUAAAGGGAUGUGUCUUAGGUCAUUGUAUGUCUCCGGUUUGGCAGAUUGAAAUAAAACUUGGUUUUAACAUUUUUUGAUGUACUAAGUGUGCUUAUCCGAAUGGUCAUCUUCAGAUGUAUAGGAUUUCUGUCUUCAUUUGGACUCAUACUCCUGAUAUUUUUCAGCUCUGAUGUGUAAGAAAAAUAAGCAUGUAAAGAGUGACAGAUCUUCAUUGUUCUAAAGAAAUGGGCAGCCAUACCUCCCUUAGAAUGAAGAGGAAUCUGUGAAAACCACUUCCUUGCACAACUUUCUACCAUCUCUGCAUCUUUUGGUUUCCUUUCACACAGCUUAGAAUUUCUUCUGUGUAUUCAUUUAUCUCAUAAGUUCCUGCUAAAUCCUUUAAGCUUUGUAUCACAUUUUUUUCUCAGUUGAAUUUCAUCUCCCUUCCCCUUUUGUCUCAAGGUAUUUCUUACGACCUCUCUUUCGAAUUUGUCUCACAUUAUAUGAAUUACUGUUAAAUUUAAAGACUCUAAAAUGUGACUUUGAGUUUUUUUCCUCCUGCUUUUGCUGCCUGGUUGAGAGGAAACCAUUAUCUUUUCAGCGAUGAUCUGCACUGUUGAUAUUUUUCCAGUCCAGCCUUUCCAGAUUUGAGUUGCAGGUAAAGUGAAUUAUUGCACUCUGAGUCACCUCACACAUUAGAGGGAAUUUCCUGCUUCUGAUGUGAUGAAUCCUUUGUCCAUCAUGGCUUUUGUUCAGAAUUUUAUAUUUCCUGGUAAUAAAUAUACUUUAGUCAGCUGAAGUAUGUCUAUUCAGAACACCUUUUUUAGUAUUAAUAUUAUUCGAGGAUCUUCACUCAGAAACACCACGUGUGGAAGUUAUGUAAUAGCACAUUUGGAAAAAGCACGAGUGGGAAUUAUUUUUGAUAUUUUUAUAUAUAGGGAUGAGAUUAUUUCUGUGCACAAUGGAUAGCUUGGUCUCUUUUUCCCAUUCAGCUAACAACUUGUGCCCUGAAUCCUCAAUAUUUUUGAAACUAUAUGCAUAUGUAAGUUAUGACCUUAAUCUUAAUAUUUUGUAGUAAUACUUUCAUGCAGCAAAUUAUUUCUCAAAUGGGUUUUUGGUGGGAAAAUUAUGAGGGAUUAAAUUCAUUUUUUGUGAGAGAUGAAAACGUAUUUCCCAUUGAAAUUUCUUUACUACAUAAGAUCCUCUGAAACGAGGUGACCGUAUAAGAGAGUCCAGGAUCUGUUUUAAAACGUAUUUGUAAUUCAACCUUUUUUCUUUUUUUAAAUAAUAUCUUUGUAAGGAUAUAGUUCUUGCUACAAAUGCAGUUACAUUCUGAACUUGCUAUGGAUAAGGUCAAAACAUGAAUAAUUUCAUCUUUUCUUUCCCCAUUUAAUGAGUGAAAUCACUUCUGAAAUGAGCCUUUUUCUUCAGUAGUUUCUCUUCAAAUGUGUUUUGGUUGCCAAGCGUGCAAACCAGCGUGAACCUUUAUGUACAGACUUCACUCUACAUGCUGUUAUAAAACAUUUCCUAUUUAUCAGCAAGAGUUGUUUGAAAUGUAACACAGGGGCGCCUGGGUGGCACAGCGGUUAAGCGUCUGCCUUCAGCUCAGGGCGUGAUCCCGGCGUUA